AUGGCUCCCACCCCUCCUCACCCUUGCGUCCACUUGUCUCCUGCUUGUAACAUCCCAUCCUCUUCAGCUUCUGUUCCAUCUGAUCUAGUCCCUCUGCCCGAUCCCAACGGCACCGCCAGCCCCAUCCGUUUUUAUGGUUACCCGACCUAUCUGGGUCCCCCAUCCAACGAGGACAAGCUUCUUACCACCAGCAAGGCCUUGACCCCAACUCCUCUCUCUCCAGUGUAUUGUCCAGCCCCCGUUGAUCCAGCAUUACUACCUACUAGUUUCAACCCAACACUAGCCAAUACUUGCCACUCAUCUACCACUCCUCCCAUUCCAUCCGAUUUGCAUCCCAUUCCUAUUGCGCCUACUGCUGCCCUUUGUGAGACGGCUGCUGACAAUACCCCGCCUGCUGGCAAUCCUUGCAAAGCAACGGCUCCCUACCCGUUCCCUGAACCUGGUUUGUUGAGGGAUGCCAGCUUCAGUGCCUGUUUCCUCGCAGCCACCUUUCACAAUUUCCUUCCCAGCUUCAAUUGCGCUAUGUUGUCCCUCCCCGCUGGUCAUCCUCACAUGGACCAGCUGGUCAUGCUUCAACUGAACUCCAGCCUCCUUUGA